AUGAGGCUUUCCUCUCUGCUAGGCCUGCUUGGUCUGGGUUUCCUAGCAUCCGCCGCGCAUCUGCCUCGUCGGGAUUACGAAAAACAAGAUUACUAUGUCUUGCAUCUUGAUCCCGCGAUCCCUCCUUCGGAGGUGGCUAUCAAGCUGGGCUUGACCCACGAAGGUCAGCUUGGGGAGCUGGCAGACCACCACAUCUUCUCAACCGAAAAACAGGAGGAAGAUGUGGUGCAUACGGCGCUGAAGGAACGGAGAAGAAAACGAUCACUCGGCGAUUGGGACGUCCUCGAUGGCGUCAAGUUUGCGCAGAAGCAGAAGGUAAAAGCUCGAAUGGAGAAAAGGGGCGUGAUUCCCCCAAGGCCCGAAGGACUCCCGUCUCCGGUAGCAGAACGAGAAGAUACGGCUGAUCCAGCGGCCGUUGAAAGGCAGACAUUGGUCGCAAAAAGGCUUGGGAUUGAAGACCCUAUCUUCAAUGAACAGUGGCAUUUGUUCAAUCCAAUCCAGGUCGGCCACGAUGUCAACGUGACGGAUGUUUGGCUGCAAGGAAUUACGGGUUUCAAUGCGACCGUGGCAAUUGUUGAUGAUGGUUUGGAUAUGUACAGUGACGAUCUGAAAGAUAACUACUUUGCGGAAGGUUCCUAUGAUUUCAACGACAAUUCAUUGGAACCGAAGCCCAGAUUAACAGAUGACAGACAUGGUACGCGCUGUGCUGGAGAGGUUUCUGCAGUGAAGAACAAUGUCUGUGGGGUGGGAGUUGCAUAUGACUCGAAGGUUGCUGGAAUUCGAAUCCUAUCGAAGUUGAUCAGCGAUGCCGAUGAAGCUGUGGCUAUGAACUACGCCUACCAGCGCAAUCAGAUUUACUCUUGCUCAUGGGGCCCUCCAGAUGAUGGAAGGACCAUGGAUGCACCGGGUAUUCUCAUCAGAAAGGCAAUGCUCAAUGCUGUUCAAAAUGGACGAGACGGAAAGGGGUCUAUUUAUGUCUUUGCGUCUGGAAAUGGCGCUUCUAAUGAUGACAACUGCAAUUUCGAUGGGUAUACCAACAGUAUCUAUAGUAUUACGGUUGGUGCUGUUGAUAGAAAGGGGCUCCAUCCUUACUAUUCCGAGAAGUGCUCGGCUCAGCUAGUUGUGACGUACAGCAGUGGUAGCAAUGAUGCUAUUCACACCACUGAUGUGGGCACAAAUGCAUGCUACAACGGCCACGGCGGUACCUCUGCCGCCGCACCUCUUGCAGCCGGUAUCUUCGCUUUGGUCUUACAGAUCAGGCCAGAUCUCACAUGGCGAGAUAUGCAAUAUUUGGUUAUGCAAACUGCAGUACCAAUCAACUUGGAUUCUGGCGAUUGGCAACAAACGUCCAUUGGAAAGCAUUUCAGCCACACUUUUGGAUAUGGCAAGAUCGACAGCUGGGCAACCAUUGAGGCCGCGAAGACAUUCGAGCAUGUCAAGCCUCAAGCUUGGUAUUAUUCUCCCUGGAUUCAUGUCAAUCAGGAUAUUCCCCAGGGAAAUGAUGGACUUGCAGUUUCUUUUGAAGUCACUGAAGACAUGCUGAAGGAGGCCAAUCUCGAGCGCCUCGAGCAUGUCACGGUUACCAUGAACGUUGAACAUGGCAGGAGAGGCGAUCUGAGUGUGGACCUUGUGAGUCCUGAUAGGGUGAUCAGCCAUCUCUCUGCAACGCGUAAAUUUGAUACCAGUAAUGCGGGCUACAAUGAUUGGACAUUCAUGUCCGUCGUUCACUGGGGCGAAUCCGGAAUUGGAACCUGGACCAUCGUUGUCAAGGACACGAUAGUAAAUGAGUUCAACGGAACCUUCAUCGACUGGCACCUUAAACUCUGGGGCGAGUCCAUCGAUCCAGCCAAAGCAGUCCCGCUUGCCAUGCCAGAGGAACACGAGGAUGACAACCAUGACGAAGUAAUCGCCACGACAACGAUCACAGGCACGACACAAGCAGUCACCCCAGCCCCGACCAGCUCGGACCUGGCGAGCAACCCGUCCGAUUACCCAGACCGCCCUGUUAAAACCAAACCUACAGAAACUCCCACCGAAACCGAAGCAGAGACGACCCCCUCUUCAACCUCGACCGAAGAAGAAGCAGCCAGCACCAGCACUUCCUCCAGCUGGCUGCCCUCCUUCUUCCCAACCUUCGGCGUCUCCUCCAAGACGCAAAUCUGGAUCUACGGCGCCGCGGGCCUCAUCCUCGCAUUCUGCAUCGGCCUCGGCGUCUACCUCUACCUGGCGCGCCGCAAGCGCCUCCGCAACAACCCGCGCGACGAGUGGGAAUUCGACCUCCUGGACGAAGACGAGGCGGAGAACCUGAACGGGCAAGGCCGCGCCGUGGGCGCUAAGCAGGGCGGCCGCCGGCGCGCGGGCGAGCUGUACGAUGCCUUCGCGGCGGGCAGCGAGGACGAGUCGGAGGGCGAGGCGGAGUAUCUGGAUGAGGGGGGCGAGGGAGAGAAGAUGCUGUAUGAUGACGACGAGGAGGAGGAGGAGGGACAUCAUGUAAUCGGUGAGGAUGAAGAUGAAGAGGAAGAGGCGGAAGAGGCGGCCGAGGGGCGUAAUGAGAAAGGACAGAAAUAA